AUGAACAAGAACCGUCGCCGGCAUCUCUUUCUUCAGCGCAAACCACUGCCCGCAAGCAGAGUAUUUGACGGACAGUCUCUCACAUGCGACACCUGCGUUAAAAAGCAGCUGUUGUGCGAGGGUUACAAUUCGCAGACGCCCACAAGACCAAAGGAUACUUCUACUCCACAGUUACAGGGAAACCAGUAUCCACGAGAAGAUACUCCCCACCAUGACAGCCAGGUUGAUUCCCUCGAGCACGUUGUGGAAGGGGACACUGCUGCCGAUCAUUAUGAACCCUCUGGUCAGCAACAAAGCGUGAGCGCUGCCAACGAAGGCUCUCCCUGGAUAUCAUCAAUUGGAAGUUGGUUCAACCCCGGUUCUCCAAGUUUUGUAUCCGGACAAGAUACGUCGAAUGGUGGAGGAGUUUUAACUGCGGCCAAUAGAUUGCCACUCCCGAUCAACCCUGACACCGGUCCUCAAGUGAUACUAACAAUUCAUCACAUCCUCAACGAACAGUUUGUGCCUUAA